AUGGCCCAUUCACCUGAAAGCGAUCCCUACGAGCUUCGUGUCCACGCUAGAUUACCAAGUAAACUGGCCCACUAUGCUGGAAAGAAUCUCUAUCCUUUCAUCUGGCCCGGAAAAUUCGUGCCAAUACAUCUCGUGCCCUGUAGGGAAAUACUCCAUUUCGCCACACAACAAUUAGCGAACCUAGAAGAUAAUUGUUUACGCGAAAUGAAGACACCUAUAGUAGACCCAGCCAUGUGUUCAUCUCCAUGGUCAAAGACACGAGGAAUCGCGUGCUCUUUUCAGAGCUUUGAUGAACGCAUUUGUGAGAAGAAAACAGAAGUCGAGGAUGGAUUGUUGUUGAAAGCUGGCAUUAUCUCAUGA